ACAACACCCACAACAAAAUCCACCACAGCAACGACCACCACUACACCCACAACAAAAUCCACCACAAUGACCACCACAACACCCACAACAAAGUCCACCACAGCAACGACCACCACAACAACCACCACAACACCCACAACUAAAUCCACCACAACGACCACCACAACACCCACAACAAAGUCCACCACAGCAACGACCACCACUACACCCACAACAAAAUCCACCACAGCAACAACCACCACAACACCCACAACAAAAUCCACCACAGCAACAACCACCACAACACCCACAACAAAAUCCACCACAGCAACUUCCACAACACCCACAACAAAAUCCACCACAGCAACGACCACCACUACACCCACAACAAAAUCCACCACAGCAACGACCACCACUACACCCACAACAAAAUCCACCACAGCAACGACCACCACAACACCCACAACAAAAUCCACCACAACGACCACCACAACACCCACAACAAAGUCCACCACAGCAACGACCACCACUACACCCACAACAAAAUCCACCACAGCAACUUCCACAACACCCACAACAAAAUCCACCACAGCAACGACCACCACAACACUCACAACCAAAUCCACCACAACAACUUCCACAACACCCACAACUAAAUCCACCACAACGUCCACGACAACAACCACCAUCAGACCAAUUUCCAAAACACCAAAUAACAACAGGAUCUUACCUGCCACCAGUAACCCAACUGUGACAGAAGCUGCCAGACUUUCUGGCUCCUCUCCUGGAAAGUUGGCGUCUCCGGUCCUCAUUCUCCUGCUGGCAGUGAUGCUUUUUGUGCCUUAAUGUAGAUUUACUAUUUACAUCCAGUCUUUGUAGUAAAAGCACCAAGAAAUUCUUUGCAAAUGUUAUUUUUACUGUUGUUUCCUAAAAGAGAUUUGAAAAGAAGAAUGCUAUACACACAUAAUUAUGUUGGGAAAAUUGUGCAUUUUUUGUCGUUUUGUUAAUUUUAUGUCAUUGAUGCUGGUUUGUGAUGGGUCCAUAAUCUUGUUGGAUGUGGAUUUUGUUAAAGCAGUGAUAGACCAAAAUGAUAUUUCUUUUUAUUAUGAAAGUGCAGAAUUAUAGCUCUUGAUUUACCUGAUAAAAAGUUGAUCAAA